AACAAACAAUGCACUUCAUUCAAGAUCUUGUUGGCAAAUUGUAAAUCCUGAUUCGUAUUAACGUCGAAAAGCUACUGAUAAUAAUACAAAAAGAUGGCAAUAUUUUCAGAUCUGGUCAUAUUUUGUACCCUUAUGGUCAAUGCCUGUGCAGUUCUUAAUUUCAAAUUAAAGAAAAAGCAAACUGAUGAUUCAUUUGUUAAUGAAGAGCCCAAUGCAGGUGACAAAGUCAGAGAGUUUUUGCUAAACCUCAGACAUUUGAGAAUAUUUAUUGGAAUAUGGAACAUUGUGGUCAUUAUAUUCAUGUUUAUACUGUUUGGUUCAUGAUAAACAGAGAAGAAAAAAAGUUUGCCAGAAUAUAAAAAUAUCAGUGUCUUUCACUCCAGAAAACCAGAUGCCAAGUAUUUAAGCUCAGAGGUAUGGAACUAGAGAAACUUGAAUCACCAAUGUACCUUACAUAUGUUAAUAUUAAUAGUUUUGUAAUGAAAUGGCUUUGUUCUUUUUG